GUAAUUUCAGAACUGGUUCCUGUGCAGGCUGACUGGCUUGCGGGUUUCAGUUCUUGUGCUGUACAGUAAAGCAACUCACUUGGCCCAGGCAUUGCAAUGAAACCAGCUCAGGAGCGAAACCAGGAGUGCCUGCCUCCUAAGAAGAGGGACCUACCAAUUAGUAACAGCGGCGGGACUGGGGGGACGGGGGGAGGUGGGGCUGUAGGAGGUGGUGGCAGUACAUCUGGAGGUAGUAACGAAGAAGAUGAAGGGCUUCCCAUCCAGAAUUCUGCAGCCAACAGUGACACUCAUCGAGGAACCCCAUCUGGAGACUGGGUGCGAGCUCAUCCAGAGCUUCAUUAUGCAGUGGACAAUUCAGAUGGAAUAUCUGCAGUGCCUGUUGACCAGUACAGCAUGCUUUACAAAGUGGCUGUUCCAUCUGUUACCUACUCAUCUACCAGUCUUCACCCAGUGUUAAGCCACAUCUCUCCAGCUUAUACUGUACAUUCUCCACUCCUGCAGCAUCCAGGCCUUCCCUAUCCUCCGCUUGGUUAUGCACACAUCCCUCAUCCAUCUCUCCAGUUUGUUAGUUCCCCGUAUGCCGCAGUACCUUACGCUGUACCUUCUGGCUUUGUGCCGGGAUCAUUGAUUCCUCCUUCUGCUACCAUCCCUCAGUCUCAUGCUGUGUCUCACCUAGUUCCUUAUCCAACUGUCAUACAAGAAGAUGUUUCCCAACCACCUCAGACCCAGGUUACUGCUCAUACUUUUGCCAAAGUUGCAGCUUCAAGUGGUGUCCCACUGAUCCUGCCUUCAGAGCAACUGACCCAGCAGCACCUCAGUGCUGGUGGAGUUCAACCUGCUGCCGAGGUCAACUCUCGGGGGAUGCCAAUUUUCUAUCAACCUCAGGGCAGCCGGGCUGCCACUGCCACCAGUGACUGUCACAGUUCUCAGCAGGAAACUAUAACGGAGAUUAAUGGGGGAGGUAAAGAGCAGAGCAUAAGGGAGGUAGGACCAGACUUUGCCUACACUUCCAGAAAUGCACAUUUACAGCCGGUAGCAGCUAGUUCUGCAUCACAAGAACGAGUUCUGCAGAGCCGAAGGCUAGAAGGUCGAAGCUCACCCGGUCAGCGCAGCACUCCAGACAGUGAUCUGGAGGUGCAGCAGGUAGUUGGUCGUCUGGCUUCCUCCAGUCAGGGUGGUAGUGGAUUACGAAAAGAGGUGUGCUUUGCUCCCUUGAAUCUCUCACAGGCCGGCCAAAGAGCUAGAGAUGCCCAUGGAGACGGCACAGGUGCAGUGACUGGAAGGACUGCGUUUGUGGCACAAGCCUCGAGUUACGGUAAUCACAGAGUGACUGGUCUCCAUCAGCAAACGGGGCAGCCAGGUCAUGCUGUCAUGUAUGCCAAUGGGCAACCAGUUCUCAUUCCCCUUGAGUACCACUCGCAGCAGCAACACUACCCAGGACAGGCUAAUGAUUUAUCAACCUCUGCCACCAUGGCCUCCACUAACUCCAGCUUUAAAGCCUCAGAUCCUUCAGCCAGAGUGUGCCUCCCUGAAAGAGCAGAGCCAACCACAGCACAGCAGCCUCUCUUGCAGCCACCAGUCUACUCUACAUCAGAUGUAACUCAGGCCGUAGCUUCAAGCAUCACUCCUACCCCAGCUCCCUCUAAUCCAUCACACUUCAUGAAAGGGGCAAUCAUUCAGCUGGCCACCGGAGAGCUAAAGCGUGUGGAGGACCUGCAAACUCAGGAUUUUGUGCGAAGUGCUGAAGUGAGUGGUGGGCUUAAGAUUGAUUCCAGCAUGGUGAUGGACAUCCGUGCCAGCCAGCAGAGACCAGGUCUUGUAUCUCUCCAUUUUACAGUGGGGGAACAGCAGAGCAAAGUGACCAUCGAUGUGCCCCCAGAGCACCCCUUCUUUGUUUUCGGCCAGGGAUGGUCGUCAUGCAGCCCUGAUCGUACGGCGCAGAUGUACGGCUUGGCCUGCCAUCAUCUACAAGUUGGAGACAUGUGCGUGUCCAUUACUCUGCAGCAGCAGCAGCUUCAACCACAGCUGCAGAAACAACCACAGCAUCACAAUUCACAACAACAGCAGCAGCAGAACAUGUCCAGGACUUUGACAAAAACUAAUGCUACAUCAGGACCUGGUCACCAGCUCAUGGGGCCUCCUGCGCCUCAGCAGUCGCGGGCUCAGUCUCAUUUCAGAAUGGACCGCGUCCAUCGAGAAAGACAGAGGGAUGGAGAAAAAGAUGCGACAGAUAAGGAGGAAGCCACGCAUUUGAGGGUUGUUGGACACAUUGAAUCACCAAUCAGGCCCAGUAGGACCUCUUCAGAGCAUCCAAGGAGUCAAAGCAGUUAUCACUUGCACACAGAGGGCUCUGCAUUUGGAGAAGCAGGCAUGGGAGCCUCUCAGAGGCGCUGGUCUUCACCUGGCCUCCAAAGAUACAAUUUGAAAGGAGAUGAAGGGCCGCGUCCCCAGAUAAUCACCUCUGGCCACACAAGGCCAUCUUUUCUCCCCCAGGAGGUUAAACUGUCCAUUGAGGGGCGCUCUAAUGCAGGGAAGUAGCAUCACAUUCAGUAGCAACUAACGGAGAGACUCCCGGGACUAAGAAAGAGUCUGACAAGGAGAGAAAGAAGGAAAAGAAAGAGUGUGAAUGUAGCCUCAGAAUGUUUGAGAUUUUGCACACCUAAAAAUAGAAAAACACAUGAUUUG